GUCGCUUCUAUAUGGUCGAACCAAAUCGCAUCAACGAGAGGGGAGUCCUCCAAUGGACGGAGGACGGCGAGAAGAAGCGGUGGCGUGCGAAGCGCUGCUCCGCGCGCUGCUCGAGUGCCACCGGCGGAUCCGCGACCCCUGGCAGCGGGAGGCGUCGUGCCGCCACCUCAACCGAUCGCUGGCGGAGUGCAUGGUCUCGGCGUGCUGCCCGGAGGAGUCGGAGGCCGUUCGGAGCCUCUGCUCCAGCGCUGGCACCACCCUCAAGCGGACGCAGUGCCAGCAAGCCAAGCUCUCCCUCUCCAUCUGCCUCUCCUCCCAUCAAGAACCAUCAUAACUAGUGCCAAUUGCAACCCUAAUCAUCUUCACACGCGUUUCUGUUCCUUAAUUUAAUUUUGUCAAUCUGACACCAUGGAGGCUUAUUUCAAAACUAAUGGGAUGAAAUUAAAGGAACUAAGGUGCUGUGAUUGAUUGCCUCAGGAAGAAGAUGGCCAAUGUCUUUUGAGGAUCUUAUUGAUGUUGGCAAAACCAAAAGGCAACCACUGAUUUAAUGGAAGAAAGUUCUGAUGAAGCUGAUGUAAUGGAUGAAGCAUCCAACGGGCAUGAUCCACUUGUUGAAGAUCCUAGUAGUGAGGUUCUUGAAGAGACAGAAGUGAAUAUCCCAGUUCAGAAGUCCUGUAAAAAUGAUGAUAUCCAGGAAUAUCAGUUAUUGUAAGGCCAGACUAAUGGAGUCACAAGAUUCGCUAUCCUGAGCUCUUGCUGGCAAUAAAUGUUGACAGAGUUGAUACAUUUUGGGAAAGAUCAAGACACUGGAGGCUUAUUGUCGUCACUGUGCCUCAUUGGAUUCGGAAGGUCAGCUCUCAUCUAAACCCGAUGCCUGGACGGCGGCACGGAUGCCUUCUUUCUUGAUGUAUAAUGAUAUAAUAGUGAGUUUAGCUUCUGGGUGAGUUUUUCAUGAAACUAACCAGAUGAAUCAGAUUCUACAAGCUUAACAUGAAUAGAAAAUGGCCAGUAGUUAAAUGCACAUGACGGUGUCCUGUAUCUUAUUGUUAAAUUAAUGUAGAAGAUGAAGAGGCUUUACUCUUGCACAUGGUGUGUUGAGGCCUUGCAUCA